CGGCUUAGUUUAGUCGAAGGAUAUUGCUCGGUGUCUUGCGUAAAAAUUUACAAGCAGAAAAAUUGAACACAACGAAAAAGGAAAUAACCAGAAAAGCAAACUGCUCUUAUUCAGACAAUUGAACGAUUUUAGGUUCUUGUUACAUCAUAAACAAAUAAACCAAGAACAUGGCUUCGCAUUAUUAGUAAACCACAAAUACCAAAUAAGGUCGAACAACGAAUAACAUCAUAGACAAACGUGAUGGAAGAAAAUUUGGAGAACGGUCAGAUGACGAACGCCUCGACAAGCAAAUCGAAUUCGCAGCGUCAAACAACAUCUCGUCGGCGGCAAAACGACAGCGAUGUGGCCGGAGGCGUGGGAAUCACCGGUGGCGGAGUCGUCAUUUUGCCGCAGCACGUGCUUAACGAACUCUAUCACAACUACUCCAUCAAACAACGCCGCAGUGGAUUGAAGUGGUUUGUCUUUGCGGCCGCGUUGUUUAACAUAUGGACCAUCGGGAUUCCCUGGGAUCAGUCGGCCCCUACGAGAGUAAUCAAUUGUUGUAUGCUGGUAGCGUACUUGGCAUUGACAGCGCUCCUUUACAUUGGAUGCCGUUCUGGUAAACCGGCACUGAGGCGCUUCCACCAAAUACUCCUGAUUAUUGUGCCACGGGCACUGUGGCUAUUAAGCAUUCUUCAUUUUACCGUCUAUGUUAUUUUGCAGCCUAGUUUUUCCCCAAGGGACCUACUUGGCUGGGCCAUCCUUCUAAAUUUCUUGGUCUAUGUGACGCUGCCAUUACAGCUGAUUUUUCUUGGUCUGUCGAUUGGAUGUAUCACAUAUUUUAUUUGUCUUAGUCUGCCUGUUGGUUAUUCUCGCUGGGACUCGCUGCUCUCGAACCAGUUAGCGGCCAAUGCAGUUUUAAUAGCCACGGCAGCGCUGAUAGGCCUUUUGUACUACUUUAUGGGUGAGGCCAAACAGAAAAGAGCAUUUCUCGAGGCCAAAAAGAGCCUUGAAGUUAAAAUGGUCAUAGAGGAACAGUCGGCCGAACAGGAGCGUCUGCUUUUGUCUGUGCUGCCUAAGCACGUGGCUAUCAAGAUGCGGGAAGAUUUGGGAUCAUCCAGUUCCGAAGCCUUUAAAAAAAUCUACAUGAGUCGGCACGAGAAUGUAAGCAUUCUAUAUGCGGAUAUCGUUGGCUUUACCGCCAUUUCCUCCACAUAUAGUGCGCAAGAUUUGGUAAAAAUGCUUAAUGAGCUCUUUGCGCGUUUCGACAGACUUGCUGAGAAAUAUCAACAAUUGCGCAUUAAGAUUCUUGGCGAUUGCUAUUAUUGCAUUAGCGGUGCCCCUGAUGAGCGUCCAGAUCACGCCGUCAUGUGCGUGCACAUGGGACUCUCCAUGGUGAAGGCCAUUAAGUAUGUGCAGCAGAAGGCCAACUCACCUGUUGACAUGCGAGUAGGCAUUCACACUGGAGCCGUGCUCGCCGGCAUUCUUGGCCAGCGACAGUGGCAGUUUGAUGUUUACUCUAAGGACGUAGAGCUGGCUAAUAAAAUGGAAUCGAGCGGGAAGGCUGGACGCGUUCACAUUUCGGACAAAACGCUUGCCUUUCUGAACGGCGAAUUCGAAGUAGAGGCUGCCUUUGGGGAGAAACGAGAAGAGUUGUUGCGUAUUGCUGGGCUAAAGACGUAUUUUAUCACAAAAGUAGUUAAAGCGUUUGCAUCGCCAUGUGCCAAAAAAAUAAAUGAAACCCAGUCUGAAAUUGCACACCCCAAUCCUAAUGGAUCGACGACCGAUAUUGUAUCAGAUGAAGAUGACAACGAUGCCACAUUGGACGACGAAGGGCUCCUUGCGCAGAAUUCUGUAUCUAAUGGACACCAAAAAGUGAUUGCAGUGACUGCAGACGAAGAGGAGCAGGUGAAAUUGGAGAACUUUAAACAACGACUGAAAGAUGAGCUGGUAACUCGCGAUGGACAUGAAAACCUAACUAAGGACACUAACAUAUUCUUGCGCUUCAAAAACCCGCAGCUGGAGCAACUGUAUGCCGUAUAUAGAGAGCCGUACAGUUCACUUCCACUUCUUGCCGCCCUUCUAGUGCAGUGCAUUGAUGUGCUGUACUCAUACAUAGUUCUCCCGAGAUCUACCCUCCACUUCAUUAAUAUAGCUGCUCCGUUGGUACCAAUCGCAAUGCUGGUAGUGAUCAGCCUUGCCGAAAGCUUUAGUGGCAUGCUGCCAAAGUUUUUCGUAGAUGUCAGCAAGCGGUUCAAUGACAUAACUUUUGUUCGCGAGCUGGCCGCUAUAAUUAUUGCACUCACCAUUGGCUUCAGUAACGUUAUCGACAUGUUCUUUUUCGUCACCUUCGUGCGUACCGAGCAUAUUGUGAGUGAAAGCGAGUUCAAUGUAACGGCUAGCCUAGAUAGCGAUAUAAACUUGGAGGGGAUGGUCACCGCAGAGCACCUACUUCCCGCAUCGUUUGUGGAACAAAUGCGCGAAGCUGUGCCCCCGGAACGAGUUUUGUAUCCGUCCUACUUAAGUAACUUUGGAGUACUUAUAUUAAUUGCGAUUGCCGUGAUUGCCCAACUUACUCAUCUCACAAAGAUUUUGCUACUAUUGUCCAUUGCAGCUUUGCAUUGCUAUUUCAAUAUAUUCAUAAUGCAGGAUCUGUAUGCUCUAGAGGAUGAUUUGGAACAUCAACCUAUUAUAUCUACGCGAUAUACCGCUUCAGGACUUCUGCUAGUGGCUGCUCUGGCGUUAAGCACUUUGGCAAGACACAUGGACCAUGAGGAUAGGGUAAUAUUCAAGUGGAAAACCGAGGUGGCCGAGCAAAAGGAGACCGCAAACGAUAUGAGGCAGCGCAAUGAGGCUUUGGUUUACAAUGUCUUACCUGUUCAUGUGGCAGAGCACUUCAUGAAGAACACUAAACGCUCUCAUGAUGAUCUUUAUUCCCAGAGCUAUGCUGAAGUGGGCGUAUUAUUCGCCAGCAUGCCGAACUUUUCUGAUUUCUAUUCCGAAGAAACAGUAAACAACCAGGGCUUGGAAUGUUUACGUUUUCUCAAUGAGGUCAUCUCAGAUUUUGAUGCAUUGUUGGAGCUGCCCCAAUUCCAAGACAUCAUCAAAAUAAAAACUAUUGGUUCGACAUAUAUGGCUGCCAGUGGGAUAAAUCUGCAUAGGACUCUUCGAAAUGACGCCCCAAUUACAGAACGGUGGUCUCACCUAGCGAUUUUGGUGGAGUUCGCAAUGGAACUGAAGCACGCAUUGCAAAGCAUCAACGAGCAGUCCUUUAACCACUUCGUCCUUAAGAUGGGGAUCAAUCAUGGACCGAUCACGGCUGGCGUUAUUGGCGCACGCAAACCGCAUUAUGACAUCUGGGGUAAUACGGUGAAUGUGGCAUCUCGAAUGGAGAGCACAGGAAAGGCGGGUGCUAUUCAGGUCACAGAAGAGACGUGCAAUAUUUUACAGCCCUUUGGUUACAAAUUCCUUCAGCGUGGUCUGGUAGCGGUCAAGGGAAAAGGACAGUUGAUGACAUUUUAUCUGCAGGGUAAGGCCCAGUCGAGUGCUGAACCGGUAUCAUCCGGCGCAGUCGAGCUCAAUGGCCAGGAUUCAUCUGCUCUAGAAUCCACAAGCGAACUGGAGACCUCAGACAUUAAGAUGCCCUUGCUGAAGAUGAAUGCCCCAGAGCAAUCGUUGGAAAUCGACCAAGAUCAGAGUUUAAAAAAUUACAGUGCUGGCCAAGAGAGGGUGGGAGAAUUUCAGUCGUUGCUAGAAUAGUAAGCUUGUCAUACUUAUGAUUUUAAUUCUUUGUGAACGUGCAGACAGAGUGGAUGUGUAUACGUGUGUGUGGCCGUGUUAAAAAACAAGAGUUUACUAUUUUGAAGAAAUUAUUUUUGCAAUAAGUUAGCUUUUGCCUCAGUGUUCGUGUGAUAUUCCAUGCCAGAUGAUUAAUGAAAUAAAUAAGCAAAAUUCGAAAUUAGUUAUUAUAACAGGUUUUUCUUUCUAAAAGUUUGUAAACUGUGUACCUAAAACAAGAAAUAUAUCUAUCUUCUAAGUAUAUUUUUGUAUGCCUAAGUAUUUUCAGUUAUUCCAAACCAUACUUCGUUUAAAAAAAAGUGAAAUUUUCUAAGCUCUGUAAUAUUUAUGUGAUCCACUUCGCUUUGCAGCUAAUUGAUGUGUAGAUUUGCAUCUCAAUGUGUAAAAUAUAUAUAUCCGCAUUAUAGUUAAAACCAAAAUUACGAUAUAAGUAACAUUGUAGCUAUAGAAAUAUAGAAUAUAUUAGGUGAGAGUCCAAAUCCCACCAUAUACAACUAAAACCCACGUGUCAGUCCAAAUUGAGAACAAAACGUACUAUAAUUAAUUAGUUAAAAAGUAUUAAAUAUAAAAAUGGAAAUGAAAUCAAAGAACAAAAAUAUAAUGCUUAGAAUGCGUUCUUGGGCGUCGUCAACCAACAUUAUUCCUUCAUAUAUAUAUAAAUAUUUAAAUUAAAACAAACUUAUUAGCAUUGCAUGCUUGUUAAAUGCAACGAAUUAGCAAAGCAACAAUAAACGAACUUAAUUAUCAAAAGUUGCAAAAUAAUCAAGGAACUUGACCUAAAAUCUUUUGAAUGCGUUUGUCCAUCUGGUUUUUGUACUGCAUUAUCUAAAUUUUUCUUUGAUGGCUUAAAGCAUGACAAUCAAGAUGAAUAAAAACUAUACAAAUGAUUGCUUUAGCUCGAAAUUCAAAUGUUUAAAAGCACUGUGAACUAUUUUUACAACAUACUUUUUAUUAAAUAAUUUUAGAAGAUUGUGACGUUUAUGUUGGUUUUUUCAUGAAACCUUAAUGUGAAAUAAGGGUUUACUUCAUUAAAGAUAAAUUAACUAAAACAUAAA